AUGGACGCAAACCACACAGAGACUAGCGCUCUCGUUAUCAUCGACGUGCAAAACGAAUUCAUAUCCACCGCGGGCGCUUUCCCAAUUUCCGACGUCUGCAGGACAGAUCUCAUCACGAACUUGACAACCCUCAUUCCCCAGUUCCGAAAAACCGGACACAUUAUCUGGAUAAAGGCAGUAUACGGAGAGAGAACCGAGGAGCCUUCAUGCAUGCAAGAACAUCCAAGGGGAGAUGGAAUCCUGGGAUCCAACGAGUGGCUCGCGGCGGCCACCCACGUCCAUCCAACGCCCUGUUGCAAAGCCGGUAGUUUCGGUGCUGACAUCUACCCGGAUGUAUUUGCUCUCGCUGAGCCAGAGGACAUGGUUAUCACCAAAGACUCCUACUCGGCGUUCAGCGGGACCAGUGGGUUUCGGUUUCUGGACGCUCUACGCGAGAGGAAUGUGACGGAUGUGUACUUCUGCGGCGUUGCUUCCGGUACUUGUGUUCUAGCUACUGUUGUUGAUGCUGUUAUGGUUGAUGGCUUGCAGGUUCAUGUCGUGCUGAAUUGUAUGGGUUGGAGACGGCUCAAUACCCAUCAGGAGGCUAUCCGGAGAUUCAAGGCGUUGCAUGUGAAUCUGACCAAUAGCAAUGACGCUGGAGAGCUGGAAUGUGCUGCUGAAAGCUGUUGA